AUGUCUGAUAUUGUCUGUGCCGUCUGCGAGACAAAAGAGUCCAGCGAAACCACCUUCAUGUGUUGUUCAAGAUGCACGAACCAGUAUUACUGCUCUUGGGAGUGCCUGGAACAAAACUGGGAAAACCACCAAAACGUCUGUUGGGGGGACGCCAAUUCUAGCUCCCACCCACCUUCCAAAAGCCUCGCUGCUUCAAUCCACUCCCCUGGCCCAAAGUCCCCCAGCCGUAUCUUGCUGUAUUAUCGCUCCGAGGAUGAAGCCUACGAGAUCAUCAUUGAUGCCUAUCGUCUCUACCGCGACACCAGGUCUACGUCGACCAGACAAGCCGACCCGAACGAUGUCUUCCGAGUGGUUCCCGACAGCCGUGAUGACUUUCGUCAAUUCCUGAAUCUUGCAGAAAGUAGACCCGACUUGCUUCCUAGGUGGUGGUCGUCCCAGAAGACCAAUGCGUGUCUGUAUAAAGGGUCAGGUGAAGGUUGGAGCUCUUUGGCUGCCCGUGUCGACUAUUUGGGAAUUAUUAAACACUAUGGGAACCCUACAAUUCCGCCUCAUCUGUGGGACAUGGCCAAAGUGGUCUACGGAGAUCUAUGGAGGAGCAUUACAGGGUGGCCCGAGCGGUCCAAGGGCCUGGAAGAGCGGUUCAAAGAUCUGGAGGAGCGGCUCAACCGCCUGGAGGAACGGUUAAAGGGCCUAAAGGAGCGGUUCAAGGGACUGAAGGAACUCAGUGACAUGGAGGGGCGGUUCAAGAACCUGGUCCUGUGA